UCGCUGCAUAGUCGGCAUCGUUGGAUGGCCGAGACAGCGGCGCUGUCCAUCUUUCAGGGGAACAAUGGGCCAAAAACGUACGAUGAAAAGGUGCGGAAAAUGGAGGAGUCGUUCCGGGAGCCCCAGAACUUCAAGAAACUGACGGAAUUUUUGGAAGGUAAGUCCAAGCGCCAGCACCUGUUCCUCUACUUCCAGAAACCAGACAUGCUGAACGAGGCCGGGGAGUACGUGGACGGGCCCGGCGAGGCCCGCGUGCUGCUGUCCCACGGUGAGACGGAGCGGCUGAAAUCGAAAGCCUGCUACUUUCUGCGGGGUGCCGGUGCGGUGGACAAGCCCAUCAAGGUGGAUGUCAGCACCGAUGGCGACUUGCUCUUUGGGGAGAUCGCUGCGCAACCGCUAGAAUCGCUGCACACGAGUUUGAAGAACAUCUUUUUGCCCUGCGUGAAGAAGUACAUGGACUACGGGGGCGCCGACGCUGCCGCGCAGCCGGGAAGUAAUGCGAGCGCGGAGCAAAACAAGGAGAAGGUGCUGAAGCAGGUCUUCGGGGCCGUGGACGCGGAGCACCGGGCGGAGUUUUCGUCGACGUUCACAAAAUUUACCUCCGAGCUCACCGAAGCGAUCAAGAGUCUGUCGGGCGGGAUUGAGCUGAAAAAGCUGGAUCCGCAGUACCAGAUCGAUCCCCGGGUUACCACCUACCACGACAUUGUCAAGGAGCACCCCGACAUUGUCACGCACUUCGAGCAGGUGCUGGAGGAGUGGUGCCGGCAGAUCGAGCGGUAUUUGCCGAUGCAGGCAUUAUCAUCUUGCGGUAGCAGAUCUUCCUCGAAGGGAUUGGGAUGUGUUUCUGCCUCUUCUUUUCAUGCAGCUCUGUUGAAUUGAGUUAAAUCGUAAAAUUACUGUGGGGUUUGUUUAUUGAACAACAAAGGUACCUCGAAGAAACCCUCGAUUCGGACGAUCCGGGGGGCAGCGCGGGCGGUAUGACGCUGACGAGCGGCAGUGGCGACGGGCUCGGCCCUAGGUCCGAGCUUGAGUAUUGGCGCUACCGCAUGCAGCAAAUUACCUCUAUCACGGAGCAUCUGAAAUCUAGGGAGUGCAAAAACGUGUUCGGAGUUCUGCACGCUGUCACGCGCAUGAACGCCGAAUCGAAAGCGCGGCAGCCGGUUUUCAACACGUUGCGUCGCUGGAAGGCGAUCGAUAUUCAGAUCACGGAGUCCUACAACGAAGCGAAGGACAAUGUCAAGUAUCUGACCACGCUGGAAAAGUUCUUGGAACCUCUCUACACCGGUACACCGAACAACGUGAUUGACUGCCUCCCCGCGUUGAUGAAUGCUUGCAAGAUGAUCCACACGAUCGCGCGCUACUACAACACGACGGAGCGGAUGACGAACUUGCUGACGAAGGUGACCAACCAGAUGAUUCUGAACUGCAAAACCUGCAUUCUGGGCGUCGACCCAGAGACCGGCGAGCAGAACACCGGCCCCGAGGCGCUGUGGGACCAAGAUCCGAUCACGCUGAUUCGCAAUCUCGAGUGCUGUUUGCGGAUGGAAAUUUCCUACAUGGAAGAGUUCCGCCGCGUGAAGGACAAACUGGCAACGCUGCCGAAGGGCAAGCAGUUCGACUUCUCCGAGACGCUGAUUUUCGGCCGGUUGCAGCUGUUCUGCCGCAGGGUGGUGAAGUUGAUCGACAUGUUUUCCACGAUUUACCAGUUCCAGUCCCUAGGGGCCUACAAAUUCGACGGCAUGGACCAACUGGUAGAAUCGUUCAAGACGAUCCUCGAGGAGUUUAAGAACAAAAAUCACAACUUACUCGAUUUUCACAACAACAAAUUUGACCGCGACUACGUCGAGUUCAACGUCCGAAUUGCGGAUCUGGAGGCCGCGCUGCAGCAGUUUAUCAACCACUCCUUCGAGUCCAUUACCUCGAUCACGACAUCGCUGAACCUGCUGAAGAAGUUCCAAUCGAUUCUGCAGCGAGAGACCCUGCGUGCGGACCUGGACUCCAAGUUUACCGUGAUCUUCCACAAUUACGGCCUGGAGCUGACGCAAGUGCAGACCACGUACGAAGACAACAAAGGCGCGCCGCCGCUGGUGCGCAACCUGCCGCCGGUUGCGGGUAACAUCACCUGGUCGCGGCACUUGCUGAAGCGCAUCGAGGAGCCGAUGAAGAAAUUUCAGACGAACCCGUCCGUUUUGGCGGGCAAGGACGCGAAGAAGAUCAUCCGGAUGUACAACAAGAUGGCGAAAACGUUGGUCGAGUUCGAAACCCUGUGGUACCAGGCCUGGGUGCACUCGGUCGAGGUUGCGAAGUCCGGGCUGCAGGCCACGCUGAUCGUCCGGCACCCGGACGACGGGAAGCUCCACGUCAACUUCGACUGGGAGAUUCUGCAAUUGAUCCGCGAGACGAAGUGCCUCGACCGCAUGGGGAUCGAGAUCCCGGAGUCCGCGAAGAUGGUUCUGCUGCAAGAAUCGAAGUUCAAGGGCUACUACAACGAGUUGUCUUUCAUCCUGCGCGAGUACCGACGCGUGGUCCAGAUGGUGCGCCCGAUCGCAUCGAACUUGCUGAAGCCGCAUUUGGACAACUUGGAAUUCCAGCUACGACCCGGCAUGGUGACGCUGACUUGGACCAGUAUGAACAUCGAGUCGUACUUGGCGAACGUGUGGCGGGAACUGAAGAAGCUGGAGCAACUUGUAUCAUGUGCAAAAACGUCCCCACCCCAGAGUUGUCAUGCAAAGUGGCAUGCCUAAAAUGUUUCUCAUGCGCAGCCGCAUGAGAGCCAUUUUCUAAUGCUGUCUGAAGGUUUGUGAUGGUGGAAUCGCGACGAGAUAGUCGAUUUGUGAUGCGUAUGCACUACCUCUAACAGGACUACACUACGAGUCCAAACUUGUCAUGCGAAACAGCCAAAACUUCUAGGUUUGUGUUGCGAAGUCCCCAUCUUGACUCUGGUGUGGGGACGUUUUUACUCAGGAUAACUCGUUUUGA